GGCAGCUACUGGCCCGCAACGGAGACCGAAAGCACAGCCUCGGGCUUCAAGCCCUGUAGCUGCGAAGACAUCUGAUGGUACAUUGCUGACCAAGGAGGCGGGCUCGCCGCAGCCGCUUCAAGGCCAAAGCUAGAAGAGCUUACUGCGCACGCGCAGUAGCCUGCGAUGGAGCCACCAAUGGAGCAGUCCGGAGGGGAGCAAGAACCGGGAGCUGUCAGCCUCCUGGAUCUGCCCUGGGAAGACGUGCUGCUCCCGCACGUCCUGACCUGGGUCCCGCUGCGCCAGCUGCUCCGGCUGCAGCGCGUCAGCCGCGCCUUCCGGGCGCUCGUGCAGCUGCACCUGGCGGGGCUGCGCCGCUUCGACGCCGCUCAGGUGGGGCCCCAGAUUCCACGGGCCGCGUUAGCCCGGCUACUGCGGGAUGCCGAGGGGCUGCAGGAGCUGGCGCUGGCUCCGUGUCACGAAUGGCUGUCGGACGAGGAUCUGGUGCCAGUCCUGGCACGGAAUCCGCAGCUCCGGAGCGUGGCCCUGGCCGGCUGCGGCCAGCUGAGCCGCCGAGCGCUGGGGGCGCUGGCUGAGGGCUGCCCGCGUCUGCAGCGCCUUUCGCUCGCUCACUGUGACUGGGUGGACGGGCUGGCACUACGUGGCCUAGCCGACCGCUGCCCAGCUCUGGAGGAGCUAGACCUCACCGCCUGUCGCCAGCUCAAGGACGAGGCCAUCGUGUACCUUGCGCAGAAACGCGGCGCAGGCCUCCGCAGCCUCUCUUUGGCUGUCAACGCCAAUGUGGGGGACACUGCAGUCCAAGAGUUGGCCCGAAACUGCCCGCAACUCGAGCACCUCGACCUCACAGGCUGCCUUCGCGUCGGAAGCGACGGUGUCAGGACCCUGGCAGAGUACUGCCCGGCGCUGCGCUCGCUGCGGGUGCGGCACUGCCACCACGUGGCCGAGCCCAGCCUGAGCCGCUUGUGGAAACGUGGUGUGGACAUCGACGUGGAACCCCCGCUGCACCAGGCCCUGGUGCUACUCCAGGACAUGGCAGGAUUCGCACCCUUUGUCAACCUGCAGGGGACAGCAGCUAGGAUCAGAAGGUCAGACAGACGUGUAACUCUUCCUGCCCCGGUGGCAGGAAUGACCGGAAUGAAGCCUCGGGGUUCCGCAUGUCUUUGAAUCGCUCCCCUUUGGUGCUCACUACUUGGUUGUCAAUAUAUCGGAUCAGCUUCUUGGGAGCCUGUCAGGGAAUCAGGCAGUGAGUGACUGAAAUCACGGGUCAGUACCCCUCAUCCCACACCCCCAACUCUUACCUCCUUGGGAGCCAUGGGUCGGUGAAUCUUCUGAUCUUCUGCACUGUCCACCAUCAUGUACCUGCCAAACACUGGCUACGUGAAGCUCCAGCCACCCGGGAAGACCCUCGGGUCCAGCCCAGCCCAGCCCAGACUCACUUCUGAAGGAUGAAGGACUUCAGUUCAUCCUUUUGGGGGCCUCUGAGGCGCCUGGGCAAGUCCUGCAGAUAUGGGAGACCUAUUCUAGGUGCGGUGGCAUCAACAGGGGAAACAUGAGGACAGGGAGGGAGGGGUCUUAAGACAUGAUGGAGCUGAGGGGGGGGGGCUGAGUGAGGGUACCUGACUCGGGCCGUCCCAGCCUGGAGGCCCCUCUUCCUUGCCCUCUGCCAGCAUCUGCACUGCUUCUUCCAAGUCCCCCCGAGCUUUGGCCAACACCCACUGGGCCUGCUCCACAGAACAGGUAGGGAAUACCUCCAAGAGGACAUCUACUCCCGGAAGAAGUUCUUCCUCAGAACCAGCUGCCUGUGGGCACAAAUGGUAACUGUAGGCCACACUCCUUCCUUUACUACCCCACAGUCCUUCAUGGGUACCCCCUCUUCUACUAGUACCUUAUGUUGGGUGUCCCCAGUAGCAGCAGGAGAUCUGGUCUCUUCUCUGAGCUUUUCCGGUUGCCUCAGGGUCUCUGGAAAAAUGGGCACCUGACCUUGGACACAGGAGCUCUGUGGGUGCAGGUUCUCUUCAAGAGGCAGAGAGGGUAUCGGAUUUGCCAGGGCUUGGGGUGGGGGUGGAGUCCUCCAGAUGUCAGAGCCCCACACUCACCUUUGUUCCGAGCGUCACUCAGCUGCGAUGACAGCUGUUGCAUCAUGUCCCCUACCAUGCCCCUAAAAGGUAAAGAAGGUGGUGAGGGGAUCGCUCCAUCCCAACCCCAGCCAGCCUCCAUCUCUUUCUCACCCCGCCAGGCCCGACCUGGGGAUGUGUGCGAAGCCAGGCACAUAAGCCUCCAUCAUCUCCGUGAAGGCAUCCAUAUCAAAGUUCUCCUCUGAGGGGCCUGAGGGGCCCAGGUCCUCCAGGACCCCCAGCACAUAGGAGAAGAUGACCUCAUCCAAGCCACUGUGGGAAAGAAAAAGUUCACUGUCUAGGAACCUGGAUAUUUUCAGCAUCCCCACCUAGUCUGACUUCCGUCCUCAGUUCCAUGGGUGCCAGAGUAUCUCCUCCCAUUCCUUCAGCUUUGGUUUUCAACCAGUCCAAUACAGAUGACAGUGUGAGAGAGACCAUCUAAGCAAAUAAAAAUCAGCUCUUCCCAGGCAGGAGAAUUGGCUCAGCAGUUAAGAGCACCUGCUGCUCUUGGGAGGACCCAGGUUCAGUUCACCCAAGCCACAUGAAUUAGCUCACAGCUGCCUAUCCUUCCAGCUCCCUGGUAUCUGACACCCAGUUCUUCUGGCCUCGUGGGCACCUACAUACACAGACAUAAUCUU